AUGCCGCCCAGCUGCCAGGCUCCUCCCCCUGGCCAGAUGGAUUCUUCUACGCAGAAGUCCCACGCGGAAACCACCUGCAAAGACAGAUGGUGUCCAGGAGAAAGAUGCCUAGCCCCUUCUCCAGAUAAUGGAAAGCUUUGUGAAGCAAGCAUAAAAUCUAUUACUGUGGAUGAAAAUGGGAAGUCAAUUGCAGUUGUCUUAUAUUCAGAUUCUCUGGAAAGGAAAGUACCCCUUAAAAGACUUCAAGAAGUGAAAUCUGUUAAAGAUUGCUCCAGGAAUUUUAUAUUUGAUGAUGAGGAUUUGGAAAAACCUUAUUUCCCAGAUCGAAAAUUUCCAUCAUCUGCUACUGCUUUUAAAUUAUCUGAAGAUGGAGACUGUAUUCCUUAUACUAUUAAUAGGUAUUUGAGAGACUACCAAAGGGAAGGAACCCAGUUUCUCUAUGGACACUACAUCCAAGGAAGAGGGUGUAUUCUUGGUGAUGACAUGGGUCUUGGAAAAACAGUACAGGUUAUUUCAUUCCUGGCUGCAGUUUUGCAUAAAAAAGGAACUCGGGAGGAUAUUGAAAAUAACAUGCCAGAGUUUUUACUAAGAAGUAUGAAAAAGGAAGGCCCAUCUUGUACAGCAAAAAAGAUGUUCUUAAUUGUUGCUCCUCUUUCUGUCCUCUACAACUGGAGGGAUGAAUUGGACACCUGGGGAUAUUUCAGAGUCACUAUUUUACAUGGAAACAAAAAAGACAAUGAAUUGAUUCGUGUAAAGCAGAGGAAAUGUGAAAUUGCUUUAACAACUUAUGAAACACUGCGUUUAUGUCUGGAUGAACUUAACAGUUUAGAGUGGUCAGCCAUCAUUGUGGAUGAAGCUCAUAGAAUCAAGAAUCCAAAGGCUAGAAUAACAGAAGUUAUGAAAGCUUUAAAAUGUGAUGUCCGCAUUGGCCUCACUGGAACCAUUCUUCAAAACAACAUGAAGGAACUGUGGUGUGUUAUGGACUGGGCUGUGCCAGGACUUUUAGGUAGCAGGAGCCACUUUAAGAAGCAGUUUUCUGACCCAGUAGAACACGGUCAAAGACACACAGCAACGAAAAGAGAACUAGCUACUGGCAGAAAGGCCAUGCGCAGAUUGGCAAAAAAGAUGUCUGGUUGGUUUCUCAGGCGUACCAAGACCCUCAUCAAGGAUCAGUUGCCUAAGAAGGAAGACCGGGUGCUGUAUUGUUCUCUGACAGAUUUCCAGAAAGCUGUCUAUCAAACUGUGUUAGAAACAGAAGAUAUAACUUUGAUACUUCAGUCUUCUGAGCCUUGUACCUGCAGCAGUGGCCGAAAAAGGAGAAAUUGUUGUUAUAAGACCAAUUCAAAAGGUGAAACGGUGAAAACCUUGUAUUUCAGUUACCUUGCAGUCCUUCAGAAAGUAGCUAACCAUGUCGCUCUACUGCAGGCUGCGAGCAACUCUCAACAGCAGAAAACACUUAUCAACAGGAUAUGUGAUCAAGUAUUUUCCAGAUUCCCAGACUUCAUUCAGAAAAGCAAAGAUGCAGCCUUUGAAACAAUUUCUGACCCAAAAUACAGUGGAAAAAUGAAGGUCCUUCAGCAGCUUUUAAAUCAUUGUAGAAAAAACAAGGAUAAAGUUCUUCUUUUCUCUUUUUCCACCAAGUUGCUCGAUGUGCUGCAGCAGUACUGCAUGGCGGCUGGGCUCGAUUUCCGACGACUUGAUGGGAGUACAAAAUCAGAGGAACGAAUCAGGAUCGUGAAAGAGUUCAACGGUACACAAGAUGUCAAUAUCUGCCUCGUCUCCACAAUGGCUGGUGGACUAGGCCUCAAUUUUGUUGGUGCCAAUGUUGUUGUAUUAUUUGACCCUACUUGGAAUCCAGCCAAUGAUCUUCAAGCCAUUGACAGAGCAUAUAGGAUUGGGCAGUGCAGAGAUGUCAAAGUGCUCAGGCUGAUAGCCUUGGGAACUGUGGAGGAGAUCAUGUAUUUACGACAGGUAUACAAGCAGCAACUGCACUGCGUGGUGGUUGGAAGUGAAAAUGCCAAGCGAUAUUUUGAAGCAGUUCAAGGAUCAAAAGAGCACCGGGGAGAGCUUUUUGGGAUCCGUAACCUCUUCAAACUAAGGUCCCAAGGGGCUUGCCUUACAAGGGACAUCUUGGAGAGAGAAGGCCAAGUGGAAGCAGGCAUCAUGACAGCCACAACAUGGUGGAAAGAGGGACCUCCAGCUCACAAACUGGAAAUGCCUAGAGAACCUGACUGUCAAGAACAAGAAGAUCCAGAACAGCCUGCAGAACCACUGGCCGAAGAAGCCUGUGAUCUCUGCAGUGAUUUUAGUGAUGAGGAAUCAGUGGGAAACUCAAGAAGAAAGACCGUUAAGAGCAAAGAAACUCAUUCAGCUAAAGCUUCAGGUCCUCCAGGACAGCUCAACUUACUCCAGUGUGGUUUCUCUAAAUUGUUUGAGACUAAAUAUAAAGCACUUGAGGACAGUGAUGGAAUUGAUACCUCUGAUGAUGAAAGUUCUGAUGAGCAGCCCAUGUGCCAUUCAGUAGAAGCCAAGGAUGAUAUGAUUGUUGGUUGUCAAAAAAGUCAGAACUCUCUUGGUUCUUCAGAACAUCAGAAGAAAGUUAGCAUCUUAAAUUCAAAUGAAAAAUUUAUUUUUGAUAAAAGUGAAAAGACUUUAAAACAGAAUAUUUCUUCAGAGUCCGAUGAUGGAAAAAAUUCUAAACAUACAAUUGAACACCAGACUAUCACAGAAUCAGAAGACAGUGAUGUCAUCUUUCCCACACAAUGUACAACUCAGAGAUUCCCUAAGUGUAAUAGAAGUUUUAUGCCACACUUGGAUGGAUCUGAAGGUUCUGAAACAGAAAACAUUGUAAAAAGAAAUAAUGGUGAUGAUAAGAAAACUGAUGUCAGAGGAAAUGGACCAAUUUCAAAAAAAUUAAAUCCUGAGUGCAUUACUCUGAAAACUACCAUGAAAAGAAAAGGCACUAGUGAUAUUAGUGAUGAAUCUGAUGACAUUGAAAUAACUUCCAAGUCAAGAGUAAGAAAGCAAAGAGCUACUAGUUCUUUGAGGCUUAAGAAAGAAAAAGACAGCAAAAGCAAACUUCACAAUUUUUCUAAAACAAUGAAGAAAAGAAAGCAAGUGAAUUCAACAGAUGAGGAUUGUGACUCUCAGGAUAUUGAGGAUUUUUCAUCCUCAGAUGAUGAUUUAUCUGUCAGCCACAUCAGUUCCCCUGAACAGAGCGGUAGAGCAAAUAUUAUAAAAGAUAGAAUCAGUUUCUCUUCGAAAUUGCCUAACUACAGUAAGAAAAAUACCACUUUUAUACCAAGAAAACACAUGGAAUUUUCAAAUGAGAGAACUGUCAAACAAGAGCAAAUAUAUGAAUCAGUGGACAAAUUUUUAGAUGGUGUUAAGGAAGUGGCUUACACCCAUUCAAAUCAGAAUGUGAUUGGAUCAAGCAAGGCUGAAAAUCACAUGAGCCGAUGGGCAGCACGUGAUGUAUUUGAGUUGAAGCAGUUUUCCCAACUUCCUGCUAACAUAGCCAUUUGCAGUUCUAAGACAUUUCAAGAAAAUACUGAGACAGGUGUGUCAACAUGCACAGAGAAGGGCCAAAAACCAGCUGAAGGAGGCCUCUCCUGUUCCUUUUACCUCUCAUACCCCGUAAGCCAGAAGAAGAAAAAAGUCUACCGUACAGACCAGACCACCUUCAUAAUUGGAGAAACGCCAAAAGGGAUUCGCAGAAAACAAUUUGAAGAAAUGGCUUCUUACUUUAAUGAAUCUUCUGUAAAGAAAUUUGCUGAACGUAUAACUAAUGCCACAUCAGAAGAACGACAAAAAAUGCUAAGAGAGUUUUAUGUUUCUCAGCAUCCAGAAAUAAAAGAUGUUUUUGUGGAUUCUGUUUCAGAAUUAGCCAAAUCUGCUCAUGAAAUCAGGAAUAAAUCUAAAAAGAGAGAAUCUCUUAUAAAGGAAGGGCUGUCAGAUUCUGAAACUUUGUCAUUUAAAGAUUCAACCAACAAAGUUUACCAAAUUCACAGCCAAAAAAUAUAUAAAGAAAAAUCAGUCAAAUUUAAAAAUGACAGUUUCUGUGGAGAAGAGGCAUUUUCUAAUGAUGGAGAAGCUAAGAAAUUACCUGUUAGCUCUACCCAAGAGAUCGACAAUGAGAUCAUAAGCCAAUUAUCCAAAAAUACUAUAGCAUCCUAUAAGUCUGAAGCAUAUGAGAGAAAGUUAGGAAAUACCAGAAAAGACCAACAGGACUUAACAAAAACGGAUGUUUCAAGAAAUGGACCCCUUUUUAAAUCAGAAACCAAAAAGAUAGACAAUCCACUGUUAGAAAACACUUCUGUGGGAGAGUUACUUGGUGACACCUCUAUUCUUGAUGACCUCUUUAAAAGUCAUGGGAACAGCCUCACACAACUGCCAAAGAAAGUUCUUUCAGGGCCCAUGGAAAAAGCAAAACAGAGACCAAAAGAUUUCUGGGACAUAUUGAAUGAGCAGAAUGACGACAGUCUUAAUAAACUCACCGACUUGGCAGUAAUUGAGACUUUAUGUGAAAAAGUGCCCCUUGCUGCAUCCUCCAAAAGGAAAGAAGAACUAGAAACUUCUCUUUGGAAAUCAAAUGAGAAAUUUUUGUGGAAAAAAUUUAACUCAAAUAAUACAGAUGAAAAUACAAGCAGUACAUAG